AUGAAAGAGGAAGGCAGCGUCGGGGUCGGCAGAGGUAGCAGUGGCGGGGGCGAACUGCUAAGGUCGAGCAACACCAUGAGAAGACAAGAGUGGGAAAUUGAUCCUUCUAAGCUUGUCAUCAAAGGUGUCAUUGCUCGCGGUACGUUCGGUACCGUUCACCGCGGUAUUUAUGAUGGCCAAGAUGUUGCUGUUCUUAGGGCGACGAUGGGAUCAUCAGAGCUGAACUUACAAACGGAACAUGGUCAUAUAGGCAUGCCAAGUAAUGUUUGUUGCGUUGUUGUUGAAUAUUGUCCCGGUGGUGCACUAAAAUCUUACCUGAUCAAGAAUAGGAGGAGGAAGCUUGCCUUUAAAGUAGUUGUUCAAAUCACUCUUGAUCUUGCACGAGGGUUGAGUUAUCUUCACUCUAAGAAGAUCCAUAGAGAUGUCAAAACCGAAAACAUGCUUCUGGACAAGUCGCGCACUGUUAAAAUUGCUGAUUUCGGGUCGCUCGACUUGAGGCAUCUAACCCUAAUGACAUGA